ACGUCGCCUCCUGCUCGCGUCAACCGGCCAGCAGCCCUAUCAAUGCUGCACUGAUCCCUCCCGAGGCCGUCAUCUACUGUUAUUCUCAGGGCCCCCGCAUCUACUCGACCGCGGCUGUGGGGUACCCGCGACAGUUUCUACUUCUGGGCUUGAGAUCGUUGAUCCUCCCUGGGCACGACAUAUAUACAGCAUACACGCGCCGUCUGGUGCGACUCUCGCUCACCGACAUACUCAGCCUGCUUCGUCCUAUGUCUAUAAGAUAUCCAUUGGGAUCUUCUUCAUAGCCAUUGCUUCCUCUUGCGCUCACACCACGCGCUGAAUCGUUCCCCGCUCUCUCAUCAUGGCUCCCAUUGUCGACCCAGAGAAGCACGAACCGAGCUCCACAAUACGCUACGACACCGAAUCCAACAGCGAGGUCGAAGACGCGCACAUCGACUUGAAUCUGCGCCAGGCGCUCCGCCAAUACUCCAAGCUCGUCGGCUACGUCCUGGGCCUCUCCACCGUCAUCCUGCUCUGGGGCUACGAUCUCGUCGUCGUGGGCAGCGUCACCGCGCUCGAUGUCUUCCAGAGGGACUUCGGCGAGCCUGAUGUGGGCGCAUCCGAGCCCGACAAAUGGAUCAUUCCCGCUAUAUGGCUGUCGUGCUGGCAGGCUUUUCCCUCCAUCGGCCAGCUGUUCGGCGCUAUAUCGGCAGGCCCGAUGCAGGACCGCCUUGGACGGACGCGGUGCCUGUUGAUUGGAUGCGUCAUUACGGUUUUCAGCGUCUUGAUUGAGUUCCUGGCCAACAAGGCGAAUGGCGUCAAUGGGAAGCGCGGCACUUUCCUCGCGGGAAAGAUCAUCCAGGGCUAUGCGUGCGCGCUCAUCAAGAUGGUCACCUUGACGUAUGUCUCGGAAACGGUGCCGACAUGUCUGCGCGGUUGGGCAAUGGCCUUGUUCCCUGCGUUCAAUACCUUCGGCCAGCUUCUCGGCGCCGUUGUCGUCUUCGCCGUCAACGACGUCCCUACCGCUAUGGGUUAUGAGAUUGCCUUCGGUGUGCAAUGGGCUUUCUCCGCGAUACCGUUGGUCAUGAGCUUCGUCCUCCCGGAAAGCCCUGCAUACUUAGUCCGGAAGAAGGACAUGGAAGCCGCGCGCAAAUCGCUCCAACGCCUGCUCGCGCCCAAGAACGACCCCGACGUAGCGCUCGAGCGCCUCCGCCUCUCCAUCGAAGCCGAAGAAAGAAUAGCCUCGGAUAUCGGCUACUCCCAAUGCUUCAAGGGCUCCAACCGGCGCCGCACUCUGAUCGUCAUCUUCGCGAACCUCCUCCCCCCACUGUUCGGCCUCCCGCUGCUCACCUCCGCCUCCUAUUUCCUGCAGCAAGUCGGCAUGUCCUCCAAGUACAGCCUGAUGCUGCUCAUCGUCGGCAUCGUCAUCGGCAUGUUCGCCAACUUCGGCUCCACCUGGACGCUUUCGCACCUCAACCGCCGCCGCCUGACCAUCAACACGUGCAUCGUCGCAUCCCUCCUGUGGGCCGCCAUGGGCAUCGCCGGCUGCUUCCAGAACGACAGCAUCACGCCCUGGAUCUCCGGCGGCAUCAUGAUGGCCGUCAUCCUCGUCUGCGGCCUCGGCGUCUGGCCCACCUCCUACGCCAUCAUGAGCGAGGCCAGCGCGCUGCGCCUGCGCGCUAAGUCGCAGGCCAUCGGCGGUAUCUCCGCCUACGUCGCGUCUAUAUUUACAAACUUUGUCCUGCCGUACUUGUAUAACCCCGAUGCCGCGGAUCUGCAGGCUAAGACGGGGUUUGUUUUCACGGGUGCGUGUGUGGUUGCGGCGGUCGCGACGUACUUUAUUGUGCCGGAGAUGAAGGGCAGGAGUCCGAUGGAGAUUGAUCAUUUGUUUGAGGAGCGCGUUUCUGCGCGGAAGAGCGCGGGGUGGCGCGACCGGACGGAGGAGGUUAAGGCUGCGGCUAUGUAGGAGUUGGUUGGCUCGUUGGGUUUCGGUUUUGCUAGUUAUGUCUAUCGAGUUCAAUGUCAUGUUUCUCAUCAAUUUCGAUCUAAGACUCUGCUUUGUGAUAGGCUUUGAUGUUGUGUGACGAGCAGGGCGUGAAGAAAAGCCUUAAGUGAUGCUUAGCUAAUGCAUCGACUUGCGAUUUUAGGGAUCUGGGAAUGAGGAGGGCAGGAGCGGAGAGUGGCGAGACGAUUGUGAAAGUCAUGACGUGCGAUGCAUAGCACUGCCUAGGACGCUCGGAGAUU